UCCCUCCCUCCCUCCCUCCGCCCACGACUCGUCGUACACCCGGUCUUCCUCCUCCCCCCUCUCCGUUCCCCACUUCCCCUCCCCCUUCCCCGAUCGCACAGCGCCCGCGAAACCCUAGCGGGCGAAAUCCCUCCCCCCCGCCCCGAAGGUUUCCGAUCGCGAGGGCCGCAUUCCGGCGGGAGGAGGAGGAGGAGAUGGCGACGUCCCGCAAGCUGGCCCGCGUCGACAUCGCCGAGCUGAAGCAGCGGCUGGUGAAGCGGCUGGGGCGGCAGCGCGCCGGGCAGUACUUCGCGCACCUCACCAGGCUGCUGAAUCUGAAGCUCACCAAGGUGGAGUUCGACAAGCUCUGCUACGCCACCAUCGGGAGGGAAAACAUCGCUCUGCACAACGCCCUGAUUAGGGGGAUCAUCAGCAAUGCGCUGUCCGGGGUGCCCCCGCCCAGCCGCCAGGCGGUGACGGGGCAGUCCGGGACGACCACGGCUCCCAGCGGGCAGUGCGUCGGCAUCGCGCUACAGAGCGCCCGAAAUGUAGGGGCCGUGGUGGAUUCGGGCGAUGGGGACUUUGCGAGGGAACGGGCGGUUGCCGGCAAGGUGUUGUCGGUGGAGGAUGGGGAGGAGGUGGAGCAGGUUAGGUCUGCUCCAUGUGUGCAGAGCCGAAGCCCGAUAACUGCCCCAUUGGGGAUUUCGACUACGCCAACCUAUGGUGCAAGGACAUGGAGGUUGGAUGAUCCAAUGGUGUCGUGUUACGAUUCCCACCAUCUGCUGGACACUGGUUCUCUGUUCAAGGGUUUGCAGCGUCGGUUGGAGAGUGAUGGCAUUGGAGUGUCGGUGCAGGGUGUUGAAGUUUUAAAUCGUGGAUUAGAUGAGUUUUUGCGGAGGUUGAUUAAACCAUGCAUGGAAUUGUCCAGGUCAAGGUCCAGCGGUAGAAGAGUUACCAAAGGCAAUGCUAUGUUUGCAGCUAGGAUGAAUGGCUUGCAACAAGCCAAUCAUGGUCAUUGUACAACACUACAAGAUUUUGCUGUCGCUAUGGAAUCUGAUCCACAUUUGCUUGGGACCAAUUGGCCUACACAGCUUGAAAAGAUACAGGCAACGUCGUUUGGUGAAUGAGCCCGAUUGCCCUGUUUUUGAUAAACCUUCAAAAAGAGGCGUGGUCUGUUGAAAAAUACUGUCACUGAAGUAAAUGGAGCUAUGGAGCACCAGAUGCAAAUCUCAGGGCUGCUUCACUCAUGAGCAAGCAAAGCUGAAACAAGUGACCAAUUGGAGCUGUGAUGGACAGAUGUCAUGAGUUCUUCCUUGAGAAUUGAUGGCAGUUGGUAUAAACGAGAGAAUCGAUAGUGCUGGUUGAUGUCGUGGGACAAAUUGAGCAACUUGUCGAUAAACACUUAUAGGCUUGGCAUGUAACACAUGGCAUUCUGAUAGUGCUUCUAGGGUUUCUCCGUGAUGUUGUAAUAGAGCAUAGUUUUCCUUGUUUCAGAUUGAGUUGCUAUAUUUUUUUGCAGUGACCAUAAGAGUGAUAUAUUUUCAUUGCUCCUGUACAUUGUAUUCAGAUUAUGGCAACUAUUGCUUGUAAUCAGGGUGCAAGUUUUUAGCCUAUUGAAUAAAUAUAUAAACUUCUUUUGGUCUUCAA